UACAUCGACGAGCCCGUCAACGUGUCCUCCCCCGCCACCUGCCCCGACCCCCCGGAGAACCUGCGGUGGAGAGACAAGUCGGCCAGCGGCAUCUUCCUGACCUGGGAGCCGCCCAAGUUCGACGGCGGCACGGGGAUCCGCGGCUACAACGUGGAGCGCUGCCAGAGAGGAACCGAUAAGUGGGAGCCCUGCGGGGACACGGUCCCCGAGCUGAAGUGCCAGGUGACCGGUCUGAUAGAGGGCCAGUGGUACGCAUACAGAGUCCGGGCCCUGAACCGCCUUGGGGCCAGCCGGCCCUGCAAGGCCACAGACGAGAUCCAGGCCGUAGACCCCAAAGAGGCUCCGGAGAUCCAGCUGGACGCCAAGCUGCUGGCCGGUCUGACGGCCAAGGCCGGCAGUAGGAUCGAGCUCCCCGCCGAGGUGACGGGUAAGCCAGAGCCGCGAGUGAAGUGGACCAAGGCAGACCUGGUCCUGAAGCCGGACGACCGGGUGUCCAUCGACACCAAGCCGGGACACUCCACGGUCGCCAUCGCCAAGACGCGCCGAGACGACAGCUGCACCUACAUCAUCGAGGCCACCAACAGCAGCGGCCGCGCCACCGCCACCGUCGACGUCAACAUCCUGGAUAAGCCCGGCGCUCCGGCGGCCUUCGACAUCUCCGACAUCACCAACGAGACCUGCUUCCUGGCGUGGAACCCGCCGCGCGACGACGGCGGCUCCAAGGUCACCAACUACAUCGUGGAGCGGCGCGCGGCCGACAGCGAGAUCUGGCACCGCCUGUCCUCCACCGUGAAGCAGACCACCUACCGGGCCGGGGGCCUGGUCAAGUUCAAGGAGUACAUCUUCCGGGUCUUCGCUGAGAACCAGUUCGGUGUCGGACCGCCGGCCGAACACCCGUCCAUCAUCGCCAGAUACCCCUUCGACACCCCCGGAGCCCCAUAUAAGCUGGAGGCCUCGGACAUCGCCAAGGACUCUGUGAGCCUGGCGUGGUACGAGCCCGACGAGGACGGAGGAAGCCCCAUCACCGGCUACUGGGUGGAGCGAUACGAGCCGGACCACGACAAGUGGAUCAGGUGCAACAAGCUGCCCAUCAAGGACACCAACUACAGGGUCAAAGGUCUCCCCACCAGGAAGAAGUACAAGUUCAGGGUCCUGGCGGAGAAUCUGGCCGGAACUGGAAAACCCAGCAAGGAGACAGACCAGAUCCUCGUCAAAGACCCUAUCGACCCCCCCUGGCCCCCCGGUAAGCCCACGGUGAGGGACGUGGCGAAGACCUCCUGCUUCCUGGCCUGGACCAAACCGGAGCACGACGGCGGCGCCAAGAUCGACAGCUACGUCAUCGAGAUGCUGAAGAGCGGCACCACGGACUGGAUCCGCGUGGCGGAGGGGAUCAGCCUCCUGGAGCACGCCCUGCGGGGCCUCAUGGAGAAGCAGGAGUACUCCUUCAGGGUCCGGGCCCUCAACGUGGCCGGGGAGAGCGACCCCAGCGAGCCCAGCGAGCCCGUCCUCUGCAAGGAGAGACUCAGUAAGGCUAACCCCCGGACCCCCCCGCUGGUCACGCUGGUCAGCAUCAGCCGGACAGCGUCCGACCUGAGUGGGACGUCAGCCGGAGCGGCGACUGAGCGGCACCCCAUCACCAAACUACGGGGAGAGGUGACCGCGGCGACAAGGGGGCCUGGCAGGCGGUGUGACACCACGGGAAGGAGCUCAAGAUACAGCGGUGACGCCGCUCAACUGGGGCCGCGCUCUCCCGUGUUCCGGAUCCGCCGCCGAGAUCGCGCGCCGGUCCUCGGGCCCUCUAGCCUGGAGGACACCUGA